CGACAACUUAAACGAAACGGUGGUUAAAUUGGGAGAAGAACUUAAAAAGGCGAAAUCUAAAGAUGUAGCCAUUGUAUUUGUGGGACGUACAUGCAGUGGCAAAUCAUCCUUGAUAAACGCCUUAUUCAGAGACCGCUUUCUUCCCGUUUCAUUUGUUCAGACAACAAUGUGCAAAAUUCAGGUUCGCCCUACGGCUGAUGAGUGGAGUGUUGAUCUAGUAGGUUGUGAAAAGCCACUCUUAAACCACGGAAAAGGAAGAGAGGACGUAAUGGCCUUCUUGCAAAAGAUUUCUAACGUGUCAAACUCUGCAGAAAGGGAGGAGCUCAACAUCGACUCUCACAGUGUCAUACAAGUGAAACGUCCUUACCCCCUCUGCAUUCUACCAAAAAAUAUCGUUUUGAUAGAUACAUCCGGUUAUAAAGAGAACCCCGAUGGCGACGAAGUUGUCCUCGACUCCUGCAAGGAGGCAGAUAUACUCGUUGCUGUGAUGGAUGUCGGGUCACCUUCCAUGCAUGAUAUUGCAGGUCUGCUAAACAAAGUGAAUUGCCAGUUCAAAUUUGGCGUCUUCACAAGAUGGGAUAAAGUCUUAUGAGAUAUAGAAGAAGGCAAGAGGCAACAAGUACGAGAAAAAGGCGAAGGAGAGUUUCAGAGUUUCGUGAAUGAAAAAUGCAUUUAUUUCGUUGAUGCCCAAGCAAAGGAGACCUCCGCACAAGCCAGUGAUAAAAGAAAUGAUUUUUUGAGGUUUGAGACAGAUUUAGCACAGAGUGCAAAAUCUGUUAAAGCGCAGAAAGACAUGGUUCUAAUAAAACGAGCUGAAGAUCUCACUUCAGAAUACAAUGAGGACUUCGAAGAAAUAAAAAACAUCUUGGAGAGGAGGGAAGAAUACAUAGAUAAUCAUCUGAAUAAGAUAGAGGGCGAAAUCUGCACUUUGAAAGAAAAACAAUGUUGCCUUAAAGCAGUGGGUAAGGAAGCAAAGAAGCUUAUUGAUCUGAUAAGACUUCAAUGCAAUGAAGAGGAGAAUAAUCGAUUGAUAGAGGAACUUGGCAACACAAUCGAGAGUUGUACCACUGUGACAAGGGAGAAUGAAGUUAUUGACGCAUUCAAGGAGUAUAUAGAUAGAAUCAACACAGUUUUACAGUUACAAAGUGAAAAGGUAGAAAAAGAGUAUCAGGAACGGAAGGAUAAUCUCAAAUCUUUUCAAACAAAAUUUCCCCAACAAUUUUUGCCACCCUAUAAAGCUAAGCUGAAAGAUUACAGUUAUAGCAGCCGAACAGACCCUUAUGCCUACGUUACAAGCGACAACUUCUGGAGAUUUGCGUUUAGUUGUGCAGCUGGCACAGCAGCCGCUGCAGCAGCUCCUGCAGCAGUACCAACAUUGGUGGCUGCUGCAACAGCAUCAAUAUUGACGUUCGCUGUGACAAACCCAGAAACUGGUCCUACUGCUCCCACGUUAGUGACACAAUUACCAGGAUCCAGAAUUGGACAAAAGAUAAGGAGAUGUUUUGGGCCCAGUGAGAGGAAGGUCAACAGCAUAAAAGAGUGGACUCGGGGAAAUUUGAUGGUAAUCAAAACACAAUGUGAAAAAUUGAACGAACCAGCAUCUGAAGGAAUACGAAUGAUCGCUGAGGAUUUACUAGAGAUAGAAAAGGAAAAGGAUCGUUUGUCGGGUGAAAAGUCAAGACUGAGUAAGGAAUUCAGUCAACUAAAGAAGUGGUCGCGGAAACGAACUAAAAGCACAGAGCGUCUGCAGAAGGUCCAAGAUGAGUUUAACAAGCUGAAGCUUGGGUUGAGAGGCAAAAACACAGUUUCUUUGGAAGACCAGACAGAAAAUCAGUCACCUGUUCAACCAAAAGACCAAGAACACUAAUCAAGAAGGAGAAGUUCUAGUUACUAGGUACCAAAUAAGUGUUAAAUUACAGCAAACUGAUGAAAUUAAGGAUUUACACCCUCCAGUCAAUGAGGCAGUGUGGCCGAAUGGGUAGAGCUCUAGACUUGUAGUUUGUUGGUCCCAGGUUCAAGUCCUCAACCCUGCUGUUAACAAGAUUUGUUCUCGGUUGCACUUUGUAUAUAUCCAACAUAGUGAUUAAAAUCACUAUGUUUUGCAAUGUUAAUGUACAAUUUGUGUCAAUGGAUAAGAAGAGCCAUUGCGUAGACUAUCCAAUGCAAAAUCCCAUUAUCUUUUAUUAUUAUUAUUUUUAAAUAUACAGGUUUCAUACUGAUCUAGAGCGGAAUCAUCCAAUCAUUAAGAGACCUCUAUCUGCGUGGCCUAAAAAAACCAUUAAAACUCUUUUAUUGUACCUUUGUACCUUUAUCUUCAGCGAGCUCAUCCGGCUGUUAAAACCACUCAUUUUGAAUUUCAAUUGAUUUAUUUGACCGCUCAUUUUGUUUGGUAUUUCUUUAUACGUUUUAGGUCAAUAUGCAAGGUAGAAUAACAGACAUUUUAGGGUGCCCCUAAUGCAACUUUGAAUAAUUGUCUUUGGUAAAUGACAAAUCAAAAAAAAUACGAAAUUGGCGAGAGUUUCAAUUGCGACUGUUAAACUAUACCAAAAAAGUUGUUUCCAGUGAUACGGGAACCCAGCAAAUCAGGAAUUCGCAAGUUACAGUAAGUGUCUUAGUAACUUUAGUCUCUCUGCACAAAGCAUUACGUGUUAUAAGUUCGCUGGCUAUGAUUGGAAACGAACUGGAACAAUUUAAAAUAUACUUAGAAAUAAAUGCAAGGAGGAUCGACGAAAACAAGGGAAUUAAGUUUACGGCUUCAACAAUAUAUUUUGCUUUAUAGCUAUGUAAACAUACGUUUUUGUUAGUUUAUUACUUUGACCGGAGUAAUAGACACUUGUAAAAUGCUAUAUCCAAACCAUAUUAAAGAUAUCCCAAUAACUCAUUCCUCAUGUCUCAGCGAUGAAAUGCUACCGGAUUAAUGCUGUACAAAUCAUUGUAAUCGGUGAUACACCCACCAAAUGAAAGUUUAGACAGCUAUGAAAGAAAAAGCAUCUGAGGGAAGUUAUCAUUCCCCUUUAAUAAGACACACCAGAGAGAGGCAUGACCAAAA